GAAGCCGUCGGGCAUCCGGCCGCCCAGCCGCAUCGCCCGCCCGUGCUCCGUCGCGCCCAAGCCCGCCCUGCCGCUCGCCGCCACGCCGCGCGUCUCCGCCGCCACCAAUGGGUCGGCGUCUUCUGUGCGCCGCCCUCCUGGAGAUGCGACGCCGCCGCGCCGGAGGCUGGGAGGUCUUGAAGACGUGCAUGAGGAAGACGAGGCCCAGAGCUCGAGCCCCGAGCCGGACACCAGCAGCGUCCGCAAGUUCUCUAGCGGAGGCGCCAGCGACGGCUGGGCCAGCUCGCGCCGCCUCAGCGAGGCCGGCGUCCGCCGCUCCUCAGACACGAGCGUGGUGCUGACGGAGGACACCGACAGCUUCAUCAUCGGCGACCGCGUCUGGGUGGGCGGCACCAAGCCCGGCAAGAUCGCCUACAUCGGCGCCACGCAGUUCGCCCCGGGAGAAUGGGCCGGCGUGGUGCUCGACGACCCCGUCGGCAAGAACGACGGGUCUGUGGCGGGCAUCCGCUACUUCCAGUGCGAGGCGCGGCGCGGCGUCUUCUCCCGGCUGACGCGCCUGACGCGCGCGCCGCUGCCGCCGCCCGACUCGCCGCUGGGCGCCAACGGCUCGGCGUCCGCGUCGGGCGCCAGCUCGCCCGUGCGCCCGCGCUCCUCGCUGGUGUCGCCGGCGUCGUCGGUGCGCGACCUGUCCUCGCGCAAGCUGUCGUCGUCGACCGGCGGCGGCGCCGGGGCCGGCGGCGGUGCCGGGGCGCUCAAGCUGGGCGACCGCGUCAUUGUCAUGAGCAGCCUGGGCUCCAAGGCCGGCGUCCUGCGCUUCAUGGGCCCCACCGACUUCGCCGCCGGGGAGUGGUGCGGCGUCGAGCUGGACGACCCGCUCGGGAAGAACGACGGCUCCGUCGGCGACCGACGGUACUUCGAGUGCCAGCCCAAGUUCGGGCUGUUCGCGCCGGCGCACAAAGUGAGCAAGUCGCCGUCGAGCCGUCGGCCGUCGUCGGCGGCGUGCGCGCUGCACCACCCCGGGGCGGCCGGGUCCGGGCUGCCCGUGAUGCGGCGCGCCGGCUCCCGCGAGUCGCUCGCCUCCUCCGUGGCGUCAUCCGCCGUCUCGUCGGUGCGCGGCGCCAGGGUAAGGCUGGGCGUCACUUCGCUGCAGAAAACAGGGGUACGAACCCCUACAACUCCUGCAACUUCUCGAGCUUCCCUGCAGGAGACACUAAAGGAGAAAGAUGGACAAAUUGAGAAGUUACUGCAAGAAAGAAAACUUGACAGGGCUGAAGUUAUUCGUGCUGCCACACAAAUUGAAGAAGCUGAGGCGAAACUGAGCUCCAUGCAACAAGAAUUUGAAAAGUACCGGAACACAGCUGACAUGAGACUUAGAGAAAUGACGGAUCUGCUAACACGAGCACGACAAGAGAAGACAGAUGUUGCCAGUUUGCUGGAAGACGAAAAACGAAAAGUUGAAGAUUUACAAUUCCGAUUUGAAGAAGAGAGCAUAACAAAGGGGGAUAUUGAGGCUGAUCAAGAACACAGAGCAGCUGUAGAAGCUUUGCUAAAAGAAAAGGAAGCUGUCCGUGAUGAAUUAACAAUGCAGCUCAAAGAUGCUACGGCAGCUCAUGAAAUCGAGUCUUUUAAGCUUCGGAAACAGUUGGAAGAAUUGCAGACAUCUCUUGAUUCACAAGUAGUUGCAGCAAAUCAGAAAAGUACUGCAUUUGAAGAGGAGAUAGCAGGUCUGAGAAGGCAGCUAGAAGAAUCUCAGAAUGUCAUUAAGCUCAAGUCAGAGGAUCUGGAAAAAGGAACAGAAGCAACCCGUGCCAUUGAAACUCUUUUGAGAAAGCAAGUGGAAGAUUCUCAAGCAUCUUUAACUAAAACUUUAGAAGAACUAGAGAAAAUGAAAGGUGUUUGUCAAGACAAGGAUAGCCAGGUGGAACAGCUGAAGAACACAGUGGCUCAAGCUGAGUGUGAGUUCAAAACCAAGACACAGGAAUUAGAAAAUCAAAUAGCUCUAAGCAACCAGCAGCUAUUAGAGCUUCAGAAAAAAGCAGAAGAAACACAAUCCCUUCUUCUCCAGAAGUCUGAGGAACUGGAGUUCGCAGCUAAAGCACACUCUGAAGAGAUUGUACAAAAGGAUGGUGUUACACGUAAGAUGGAGGAUAAAAUUAAAAGUCAAGAAGAAGAAAUUCAGGCACUGAAUGAAAAACUCAAACAAUUAAAAGAAAAGUUUGAAGCAGCUGAAGAAGAAACACGUGUCGCUCAUUUGAAAGUUCUUGAAGAAAGAAAUGUUAAGUUAACUCAGGCAGAAGCAGCUCUAUCUGAUAAAGACAUUCUAGUGACAGAUCUCAAGAAUGAAGUAUCCAAGCAGAAAAGUGAAUUAGAAGAAAAAGUUUCUCUUAUUCAGAAGCAAUCAGAGGAUAUAUCAGUGCUGAAUGAAAAAUUAAAUGAUACCCAGGCAGAUUCUGUGAAACUUGAUGAAAAAGUGAAGAGUCUUGAAUUGGAACUUGGUGACCUGAAUCGGAAAUUGGCAGCUGAAGAAGAGAAGACUGCGCAAGCAAAUGCUCAGAAGUUGAAACUGGAGCAAGACAUCUCAGAAUUAAUGAGCACUUCAAGUGAUUCUUCAGUGCAACUGGGCAAAUUGAAUUCAGAACUCCGUGAGAAAGAGCAUGCAUUAGAGAAAGUGAAGGAGGAACUGAGCACUUCCAACAGAGAUGCAGAAGCUGUGCGUCAAAAAUUACAGCAGGUCUCAGAACAAGCUGAAAAAACUCAACAAGAGUUACAGAAGCAACUGGAAGAGGUCAUGAAAAAACUUUCUCUUUCCGAACAAACAACUGAGGAGAAACUUAAAAAUGCAGAAUCAAGGGAACAGCAGCUAGAGCAGCAGUUAAAGGAAGCCAUGAAGAAUGCACACAAUCUAGAAUUGUCUUCUAAAGAGCAGCUGGAGAAAACAAUGCAGGAGGCUGAAGCAACUCGUGAAGAUCUCAAUAAGAAACUCAGAAAGAGUGAGGAGCGCUUUGAAGAUUUGGAAGAGCAACUCAAUAAAGUUAUGAAGGAAGCCAAAGAGAGAGAAGAAGAACUGAAUCAGCAAGUGGCAGUUCUCUCUCAGAAAGUACAAGUAGCAGAAGGCGAAUUAAAAGAGAACUGUUCUAAACUUCAUGCUAAUGAAGAAGAUAUGAAAAUUAAGCUAGAAAAAAUGUUGGAAGAAGGCAAAAAACUGGAGGACAAUCUCAAAAAAUCCAGGAACUUAAAUCUGCUGCAGACAAUGCUGUUUUGGAAAAGUCAGGUGGUUUGGAAGAAGUAA